UUACAUUUGGAAGAUAGCUGGACUUAAGAAUCCAGCGUACAUGAGAACGGACGAAUUUGAGAAUCAAAUCACAAGUGGACAGUAUUUUCAUGUGUUCAACGCAGUUCAUCAAAAAUUGGGAUUCAGGUACAUUUUAGCGAAACCAGUUGACGAUACAUGGAAUGAAAUGGGAGUAAAACUUGAAAAGAAGGAAGCAGACAUGGCUUAUAUUUCUUUAUUUAUGACAUAUGAUCGCUUUUCUGUGAUGGAUUUUUCUUCCCCGUUAAUGUGCCCAUCAGUUUCCUUUAUAGUAAAGGCUCCGGACAAAUUUCCGAAUUGGAGUUCUAUUAUUAAACCUUUUUCUAUUCAGAUUUGGAUCGUGUUAUUCUUCGUCUCAAUCGGAUUUGGAUUAAUUUUGCAUAAAGUGAUUGAACAUGAUUUCAUCGCAGACGAAAUUAAAGUAUAUUGGCCAAAAAGAAAAAUUUUCUGGUAUCUGUUUUGUACAUUUGUCUAUCAAGGUAUUCAAUUGAAUUAUAUAAAAAGAUUCCCAUCCAGAUUAUUAAUAGGAAUCUGGUUGCUAUCGGUUUUUGUCUUAAUAUCAAGUUACAGCGGAACCUUGAUGUCUUAUAUGACUUAUCCCAUAAUGGAGCCUGUCCCAAGAAAUUUUGACGAAUUGGCCAGAGCGGUACAAAGAGGAGAAUAUUCCUGCGGCAUAGCACCUGCGACAGCCAUAUGGAAUACAAUUAAAGUUUCUAAAUCUGAAAAUGCUAGAAUAUUCAGAGAUCAUAUUAUAGAAAAUAACAAUUUAAUAAAUAAUGAGGAUGCUGUAAAAUUAGUCCUUCAAAAGCGUUUUGCCUUUAUAGCCGUUCUGAAAUUUCUAAAAUUGUUUUUUAUCGAAGAAAAAGAAAUGUACAAAUAUAAAGUUUCGGACGAUACUCUUCUUACAUUUGUUGAAGCUUAUCCAAUGAGAAAAAAGUUUCCAAUGAAGGAGAAUGUCAGCAUUGUAAUAACUCGUCUGUUUGAAGCUGGAAUUGUUGAGAAAAUCGAUCACUCUGUAAUGGCGAACGUGCAGGCAUCAUCACAAUAUCACACUCUCACGAUGGAGGAUCUUAUUAGCCCUUUAAUAUUUCAUAAAUUGGCUCUGUUGUUCGAUAGGUAUGAACGUUAUCCAUCAUUUCUGGAAUACCAUGCACCAUUUCAUUCAAUAAAGAGAUCCAGCUAUAUAUCUACCAAUUUUCUAGUCCAUUCUUCAAUACAAUUUGUAUUUGUUAUGAAUGGGGUUAUUAGUGAUAAUGAUAUUGUUGAAGACUCUGAUGGUGAAGAACAUCAGUGGAGAUAG